CUGGCCCUCCUUGGACACUACAGGGUUUCUAGGAAUGAGGCAUGCCACUGGCUGGACGUUGGCUUGCCUCCUUGUACUCGCCGCAUCGACCAUGGUGAACCCUUGCCCGGAGACCUGUAGGUGCUACGGGCCCUUGGUCCAGUGCCUGGAACCCAACACCAUCUCUAGCAUCUCCGUACUGGGGGACAUGGAGAACGUCACAGAAAUAGUUUUAGAGAACCAGAAGGACUUGCUGAGCCUAACUCAGGUCGACAUGAAGAACUUCAGAGAACUGAAAAACCUGACAAUUUCGUAUACUGGGCUGAAGUACAUUUCAGAAGACGCUUUCGAAAUGAACCCGCGGGUAACUCACAUAAACCUGUCUUCUAAUGCUCUCAUCUCACUUUCAUGGAGAACAUUUCACAACCUGACUCUCCAGGAAUUGAUUCUCACUGGCAACCCUCUACGGUGUUCCUGCGAGAUACGUUGGAUACAGAUUAAGAUCGACAGCGAGUGGGCUGACCUUGGAAACCAAUCACUGAGCUGUUUUUUAGACAAUACGGAAGAGAUUUUGCUGGAAAACGUUCGCGUAUCUCAGUGUGAUCUGCCAGAGGUUAGCAUCAUGAAACAGAACCUGACGGUUUUGGAAGGAGAGAGCUUGACCCUCGUAUGUAACAUCGCUGGGCAGCCCAGUCCUACGGUGACUUGGAUUCUGCCAAACAUCAAUGCAGAAGCAGAAAUGGAGCAAUCGGACACUCCGGAAGCAGAGAUCUACCUGCAUCUAUUCAAUAUUUCUUCAGGGUUCAACAAACGUGAUAUUUCCUGUAGGGCAGAAAACAUAGUUGGACGAGAGGAAGCCUCGGUGCAGAUAGAUGUUCUGUUUCCUGCCAAAAUUAUUAGUUUAACAGAACCCUUUAGAGGGCACCAUGACUGUAUCCCGUACACGAUUGAUGGAAACCCUCGCCCAGAGGUUCACUGGCAGUUUAAUGGCGAAAACCUCGAGCUGGGCCACUUUAUCUUCGAGAGAGAUUUUAAUGACUUUGAGAACUCCACGGCCAUCCACGGCUGCCUCAACUUCAACAAGCCCACUCAUGUCAACAACGGAAACUACACUCUUUUCAUCUGGAACAUGCUAGGAUCUGCAUCUCAGUCCAUCGAAGCCCAUUUUAUGGACAACCCGUUUAACUUCAACCCAGAAGUACCUAUUCCAGUGUCCCUGUCUCCAGUGGGUGGAGGCAACAGCACAUAUGUCAACCCAGUGGAAACAGUUGAGGAAAACACAUUUGGGGUCUCAGUCGCGGUGGGACUGGCCGCGUUCGCCUGCCUGUUCCUCCUCCUCAUGCUCAUUGUUCUUAAUAAAUGCGGACAGCAUUCCAAGUUUGGAAUUAACAGAGCCGCCGUUCUGGCUCAAGAGGAUGACCUGGCGAUGUCCCUCCACUUUAUGAACUUUGGCGCCAGUCCCUUGAGCUCAGCAGAGGGAAAAUUGGACGGGGUGAAACCCAACUUCAUCGAGAACCCACAGUACUUCUGUGAUGCCUGUGUCCAACACAUCAAACGAAGAGAUAUUGUGCUGAAGUGGGAGCUCGGAGAAGGCGCUUUCGGGAAGGUGUUUUUGGCCGAAUGUUAUAACCUGACCCCAGAGAAUGAGAAGACGCUGGUGGCUGUAAAGGCUCUGAAAGAAGCCACAGAAAAUGCCCGCCAGGACUUCCAACGGGAAGCGGAGCUCCUCACUGUCCUUCAGCAUGAACACAUAGUCAAGUUUUACGGGGUCUGCACGGAUGGGGAACCUCUCAUCAUGGUGUUUGAGUACAUGAAACACGGAGAUCUCAACCGCUUCCUCAGAUCCCAUGGACCAGAUGCCAAGAUUCUGGACAACGGUAAUGGACAGACAUACGGGCAGCUAAACCUAACACAGAUGUUGCAGAUUGCCACUCAGAUAGCUUCUGGCAUGGUCUACCUAGCCUCUCUACACUUUGUGCACCGGGAUCUCGCCACGAGGAACUGUCUCGUGGGCAACAAUCUGGUCGUCAAGAUUGGUGACUUUGGAAUGUCAAGAGAUAUCUACAGCACAGAUUACUACAGGGUUGGGGGCCGCACUAUGCUGCCCAUUCGAUGGAUGCCUCCUGAGAGUAUCUUGUACCGAAAAUUCACCACUGAGAGCGACAUUUGGAGUUUUGGCGUUGUGCUGUGGGAAAUAUUUACAUGCGGGAAGCAGCCAUGGUACCAGCUCUCUAAUACAGAGGCCAUUGAAUGCAUCACCCAAGGCCGGCAGUUAGAGAGACCUCGGACUUGCCCUACGGAGGUGUACAACAUCAUGCAGGGUUGCUGGCAGAGAGAGCCUCAGCAGAGAUUAAACAUCAAAGUGGUCCACAGCAAGCUUCAGGCUCUGGUGAAGGCCCCACCGGUAUACCUAGACAUCCUGGAAUGAACAGACUUAACAAUGUGAUAAGAAGAUUCUUUCAGAAGGCAAAAAAACAUCUUCACCCAAAGAAGAAGAAGAAGAAGGAGAAAAAAAAGCUUUAAUACCAUCAUAUAACUCUAUAGGCUGCUAACGCUUAAAUUCUACAAUUUAACUCUUUUCUGGAGGACAGUUCCAGAUAAACGAGGAUGAAGUCCAACUUGAUGGGUUGAAAUAGAAAUACAAGCUAAAAA